AAGAAAAGAGAAUCAGAAGAUCGCGAAAAACAGGAGUGAGCCGUCGAUCUUCCAUCGCCGAGACGGGAAGAGGAAGAAAACCAUGGCAACCGGUGGUAAAGUAUCCUUCAAAGUCACACUCACUUCAGAUCCCAAGCUCCCUUUCAAAGUGUUUAGUGUGCCGGAGGCGGCGCCAUUCACGGCGGUUCUGAAAUUCGCAGCAGAGGAAUUCAAGGUCCCUCCCCAGACCAGCGCCAUAAUCACCAAUGAUGGUGUAGGAAUCAACCCUCAGCAAAGUGCAGGCAAUGUCUUUCUCAAGCACGGGUCCGAACUCCGCCUCAUCCCCCGUGACAGAGUCGGAGCUGGAGCUGCCUCAACUGUGGAUGUUACAGAGUUAUAAGAGCUGAACAAAGACAAUAUUUUCUCCUUGUCUAUCUAAUAGUAAUACAUAUCCGAGGAAACCCUGAAUCCUGUUCUCUUUUUUCAAAAUCUUCUAGCCAGAAGCUCUGAGCGUAGCAUAUGCAUCUGUCUUAUGAAAUCUCACGCAUGUAGCCUUAUCUUGAUGGGGUAUUAGUUGCUGAUCUU